CCCCAGCUUUAGCUUGUAGCUGCCCCUGGCAGGGAGUUAGUCCCUGUUCCCACACCAAGCUGUGAGACAUCAAAGGCCAAAGACUGCAGAGCCAUGCAGGGUCUCGGGGCCCUGUUCUUGUUGCUGACUGCCUGCCUCACUUUGAAGGCUGACAAUGUGCCAACACUGCCAGAUAUCCAGGUUCAGGAGAACUUCAAUGAGGCCCGGAUCUAUGGAAAAUGGUUCAACCUGGCGGUGGGCUCCACCUGCCCGUGGCUGAGGCGGAUUAAGAACAAGAUGAGCGUGAGCACGCUGGUGCUGCAGGAGGGGGCGACAGAAGCCGAGAUCAGCGUGACCAGUACUCAAUGGCGGAAAGGUGUCUGCGAGGAGAUCUCCGGGGUGUAUCAGAAGACAGACAUUGACGGAAAGUUCCUUUACCACAAAUCCAAAUGGAAUGCAACCUUGGAAUCUUAUGUGGUCCACACCAACUAUGACGAAUAUGCCAUUUUCCUUACCAAGAAGUUCAGCCACCGCCACGGACCCACCAUCACUGCCAAGCUCUAUGGCCGGGAACCACAGCUGAGGGACAGCCUUCUGCAGGAGUUCAGGGAGGUGGCCCUGAGUGUGGGCAUCCCUGAGAACUCCAUUGUUUUUAUGGCCGACAGAGGAGAAUGUGUCCCUGGGGAUCGGGAGGUAGAGUCCACUUCAUUUGCAAGAGCCCGGCGGGCAGUGCUGCCCCAAGAGAAUGAAGGGUCAGGGAGUGAGCCACUCAUAACUGGGACCCUCAAGAAAGAAGACUCCUGCCAGCUCAACUACUCAGAAGGUCCCUGCCUGGGGAUGCAGCAGAAGUAUUACUACAAUGGCGCCUCCAUGGCCUGCGAGACCUUCCAAUAUGGCGGCUGCCUAGGCAAUGGUAACAACUUCGCCUCCGAGAAGGAAUGCCUGCAGACGUGCCGGACCAUAGCGGCCUGCAAUCUCCCCAUAGUCCAAGGCCCCUGCCGAGCCUUUGCAGAACUCUGGGCAUUUGAUGCAGCGCAAGGGAAGUGCAUCCAAUUCAUCUAUGGGGGCUGCAAAGGCAACGGCAACAAGUUCUACUCUGAGAAGGAGUGCAAGGAGUACUGUGGAGUCCCUGGUGAUGCCAAAGGACCCAUUCUGAGUCGCUCUGUGUCUGCAGGGUACGAGGAGCUAACACGCAGUUGAAGGAGCCGGUCUGCAAGCCAGAGGGUAGCCACGGUCCGUCACUGUGCAGUCCAGCUUAGAUGAUCUGGACCCAAUAAAACAAGCUGUCAUUUCCUAGCA